GAAAAAGUAGCUAUUUUGUGUAAAAAGUUCAUCAAAAUAAGUUGAUAUCGUUGGUAAAAGUUAACAGUGGUAGUUCUAGCAGAACAAGCAUAAUAUUUCUGUGUUUUUCGAGUGAUUUUCGUGGGAAAAUAGUUUGUCGGGCCAAUUAGUCAUUUCCCCGGCAGCACAUGUGGAACGACAGGGGUGUGUGACAGACACAAAAAUUAGGAAGGAAAGCGUAGCUAAAUUGCUGGGGAUACAGGAGAAUAGGAGUUAACUUUAAGCUUAAUUUUUGGGUUAAUGUGAAGAAUACCGACGACGUGUUGGGGAUCUUUCAUAAGGAAGGUGACGGCGAUAGAUUGCUCUCCGGAACAGCCACGGUUGUUGUAACGACGACGUCCGGCCUACAGUCCUGCCUCGUUGUGUGGCAUUAUCGCUCACUCUAAGCAACAUCAUUCACCAUGCCGCAGAACGAGUAUAUUGAACGGCACAUAAAGCUGUACGGUCGCCGGCUCGAUUAUGAAGAGCGCAAACGUAAGCGGGAGGCCCGCGAGCCGAAGAAGCGUGCCGCCAUGGCCCGCAAGCUGCGGGGCAUCAAGGCUAAGCUCUACCAAAAGCAGCGCCGCAAUGAGAAGAUUCAGAUGAAGCGCAAGAUCCAGGCGCACGAGGAGAAGAAGGUCAAAAAGACGACCGAAAAGGUGGAGGAUGGAGCACUGCCGCCGUAUCUCAUGGAUCGUGGCAUACAGUCGAGCGCGAAGGUGCUGUCGAACAUGAUCAAGCAGAAGCGCAAGGAAAAGGCGGGCAAAUGGGACGUACCAAUCCCGAAGGUGCGCGCACAGUCCGAUGCCGAGGUGUUUAAGGUGAUCCGGACUGGCCGUACGAAGCGCAAGGCAUGGAAGCGUAUGGUCACGAAGGUGACGUAUGUCGGAGAGAACUUUACCCGUAAACCACCAAAGUACGAACGCUUCAUCCGACCGAUGGCACUCCGUUUCAACAAGGCGCACGUAACGCAUCCGGAGCUGAAGGCUACCUUUUAUCUGCCCAUUAUUGGCGUGAAAAAGAACCCAUCGUCACCGAUGUACACGAGCCUGGGUGUGAUUACGAAGGGUACCGUGAUUGAGGUGAACAUUUCCGAGCUUGGUCUAGUGACUCAAUCUGGCAAGGUGGUGUGGGGAAAGUACGCGCAGGUGACGAACAAUCCGGAGAAUGACGGUUGCAUCAAUGCGGUUCUGCUGGUUUAAAGCAGUAG